AUGCCUUUCGUACCACCCAAGUCGCUCAAUAAACAGGAUCAAGGCACUGCUCCAGUUGGCAACCAAAAUUAUCGCGGGUGGCCCUUGGCAAAAAUAACCUUUGGAAUAUCAAAAAAGAAACAAGAUGAUUUAAAUACGAACGCCAUUAAUCAUUCGUUCGCAAAUGAAUUAGAUCGUGAUAGUGCCAUUCAACAAGUUAAAGAUAUAUUAUCUACCUCUCCUCAAAUAUCAUCGUCCCCAAGAAGGAAAUCAGCACCUGAAUCAUAUACAAAAAAAUUAACUCUCCCAUCUCUCAAAGUCGGUUUACUUACUCCAAUUUCAUCUGAAGUUCCUUAUUUACCUAGGAAAAAAAGUGGUGAAGUAGUUAAAUCAUCACUUAAAAAGGGUAAAUCUGAACCAACGACCCCCACUUUCCCAAAAUACGUACAUUUUAAUACCGAUUUAGAACAAGUCAAAUUAUUCAGGGGAGCCCAAAAGCCACGGGCAGUUAGUGCUGAAGUAUCUUCGGAUGAAUCCGAUGACGAAGAUUUUGACCUUUCAAUGUCAGACUUGGACAGUGACAAUGAAGACGAUGAUAUUAAUAAUAAGAAUAAGGACGAUGAACUCUUAAUAACACUUCCAAAUAUGCCCUUAAUAACUACAGCUCAUAGAUCAAAACCAGUAUUUGUUGAUGCGAUCUAUUUGUCUCCAGAUAAACGAAAACUUAAAGGUCGUGUUCAAGUUCAAAAUAUAGCCUUCCAAAAGAGUGUUGGGGUUAGGUAUACAUUUGAUUUUUGGCAAUCGGUGUCGGAGGUAUCAGCCACUUAUGCUGAAGGUGCCCCAGAUAGAGAUAAAGAUAACAAGAAUAGUUUUGAUCUGUUCGUCUUUGCCAUAGACCUAAUCGAUAAUUCAAGGAAUCAAAUUGAUGGCAAAACUAUGUAUUUCGCGGUUCAUUAUAUAGUUAAUGAUCGUGAUUAUUGGGAUAACAAUAACGGAUCAAACUAUCAAGUAAACUUUAGGAGAAAGGAGAUUUCGUCAUCACAAUUAGUAUCAUCUAAAAAGCACAAUAAUUCGAAAUCACUACCUUCAACUUCCUCUAAAUGGUCAACUCCGACUAAUUGUGCAAGGAAUUUUGAAGAAUCACCACCAGUUCGUUCCCCGCCUAUCAUGAAUUCAUCAUCAACUUCAUUGACCAUAAAAAAAUCUAUGGGUGGCCGUUAUGACAUUGGCCUCUCGUUGAUAGCAGCUAGCACUAUCAGACCUAAUCCUAUCAACACUAAUCGUACUUAUCAACAACAAUCUUAUUAUUGCAAUGAGAGCUUUUCGGCAUUUUUCCCUGGUAAUUGUAUUGAUGGUAUGCCAGUAACAAAAGAACCAACAGAUAAGGCAUCAUGGGAAAAAAAUUCACCUAAUGGAAUUGGACUUGGUUUCGAAAAGUUGAACACUGCUUCAAAUCCAAUCGCUAUACCUUCAGCAAGACCUGCAAUUGGAUCAAGCUCUUAUUGUGAACUUGUAAAACAAUAUUGCUUCUAUAGUGGUUCACCACCAGUUAUGACUUAA